UUUUGUUUCAAAUCCAGUCUUUUAUCUCGGACCUUACUGCACCGCCCGUCCUUUUCUUCUCCACCGGCGGGAAGUGGUGUUGCAUAGCUAUCUACCUAUCACAUCUCCGGCAUGGAGGCGGUGGUCGUCGAUGCUGGUUCUAAACUCCUAAAAUCUGGCUUCGCCAUUCCCGACCAAGCUCCGUCCAUGAUUAUUCCGACUCAAAUGAAGCGCGUUCCUGAGGAUGACAGUGCCGCGGAUGCGGCGGUUGAGGAGGCUGCAGAGGAGGAAGAGGUUGACCCCAUUGUACACGGCUUUGUGAAGGAUUGGGAUGCAAUGGAAGACCUAUUGCACCAUGUUCUUUACACCGGCCUUGGCUGGGAAAUUGGAAAUGAGGGCCAAAUCUUGUUCACUGAUCCACUUUGCACUCCCAAGGCAAUUAGAGAACAAUUAGUGCAGCUGAUGUUUGAAACAUUUAACAUAUCAGGGUUUUAUGCCUCUGAGCAAGCAGUGCUGUCUCUCUAUGCUGUUGGGCGGAUAUCAGGAUGCACCGUUGACAUUGGUCAUGGAAAAAUAGAUAUUGCACCAGUAAUUGAAGGUGCUGUUCAGCACCUAGCUUCCAGAAGGUUGGAACUCGGUGGUGCAGAUCUGACGCAACUGCUGGCAGAAAAGCUUAAUAUAUCUAAUCCAAUGGUGAAACUGAAGAUUUCAGAUGUUGAGAAGAUAAAAGAACAAUAUGCAUGCUGCGCUGAGGAUGAUAUUGCUUAUGAUAAGAUGCAACAAUCUAUUCUGGAAGAGGAACACAUACUGCCUGAUGGCCAGGUUAUAAAAGUUGGGAAAGAAAGAUAUACUGUUGGGGAGGCCUUUUUCCAGCCCUCCAUAUUGGGUUUAGGAACACAUGGAAUUGUUGAGCAACUCGUCCAUAGUAUCUCAACUGUAUCUUCUGAGAAUCAUCGCCAACUGCUUGAAAACACUGUGCUUUGUGGGGGCACUGUUUCAAUGGCUGGGUUUGAAGAUCGAUUCCAGAGAGAAGCAAACUUAUGCUCAUCGGCUAUCAGCCCUUCUUUAGUAAAGCCACCAGAGUACAUGCCAGAGAAUUUGAAUAUGUACACGGCAUGGGUCGGUGGUGCCAUACUUGCAAAAGUUGUCUUCCCUCAAAACCAACACAUCACCAAGGCAGACUAUGAUGAAAGUGGACCUUCUAUUGUUCACAAAAAAUGUUUCUAGGGAUUAUAUUAUUAUAUACAUGUAGACACAUAUAUUUAAUAUCACCUAAUUUGUUUGCUUGCAUUAUUGGUAUAUUUAGGUCUUUGUAGUUUAGUUGGUUGUAUCAUUUGAAGGACAUGUAAUCUUGAUCAAUUUAGCGCGAAGACUUGUAGCAUUUCUUUUGUUGUUAUGCUUUCAAUGUUGUAGGCUUGAAGCAACACUAAUUUCAAAAUGAUAGAUUAGUGUGUAGUCUAGCUCUGAGGUGCACACGGUUUCUAU